AUGACUGACCUUAGAAAAGAGUUGGGGGAGAGAACCUCGCUCAUGGAACACCGCAUGGGUGAAUAUGCAGAAGCACAUAAUGACAUGGCGGAUCACGUCCAGAAACUCGAGCACCAACUUGAGACCUACCAAGUAAAGCUGAUGGAUAUUGAAAACAGAUCCCCCAGAAAAAAUGUUAGGCUGCGAGGUAUACCGGAAGAUAUACAGCAAGCUAAUAUCAUGGAAUUCCUGACGGGAUACUUCAAAACUCUAGUCCCGGUCUUUCCCACUGAAACUUUGCUGAUGGACCGUGCUCACAGGGUUGCAAAACCAAAAUUCCUGCAGGAGGAGACUCCCAGGGCCUAUACUAACCCACCUACACUACUUUCAUGCCAAAGAAGCAAUUAUGAAAGCCUCUAG